UGAGUUAAUGGCUCCUCCUGCUACAGACGGAGACGGAGCUGGCACCGAGCGGCGAUACGGGGGGGGGAGCAGGAUCACGGCGGAGAAAAACGGCCAAUUACACCCCAAAUACCAGCGGGUUCUCUGCCGCAGUGUUGUCGCUGUAACCGGAGAGAGGCCGCCCGGAAACUAGUGCGGGGCUGAGGGUUAAAUUUAGACGCGGCUCGGCUCGAGGACACCACUGUGUUUUUAAACCAGCGACCAACUCCCCAGAUGAACUCCGUCAGAGCCACCAACCGGAGACCCAGGCGAGUGUCGAGGCCGCGCCCGGUGCAGCCCGAGCGGAACAACAGAGACAGAGAUGAGGAGGCUCCCGCAGCCGCCGCAGCAGAGAUGGCGAUCGAGGAGUCCGGUCCAGGAGCUCAGAACAGUCCGUACCAGCUACGCCGCAAGACACUUUUCCCGAAGAGAAGCGCUGCAGCCUCCGCCGCUACCUCCGCCUGCCCCAGCAAGGGCCUGAUGGAGGGAGCGUCCACGUCGUCCACAGAGGCCUUCAGCCAUCGGGCCAAGCGGGCGCGCGUGUCUGGUAAGAGCCACGACUUGCCAGCAGCCCCAGCAGAACAAUAUCUGCAGCAGAAGCUACCCGAUGAGGUGGUUUUGAAAAUAUUCUCCUACUUGUUGGAGCAGGACCUCUGCCGGGCAGCUUGUGUUUGCAAGCGCUUUAGCCAACUUGCUAACGACCCCAUACUUUGGAAGCGCCUCUAUAUGGAAGUGUUUGAGUACACGCGUCCUAUGAUGCACCCCGAGCCGGGCCGCUUCUAUCAGGUCAGCCCCGAGGAACACGAACACCCCAAUCCGUGGAAGGAGAGCUUUCAACAGCUGUAUAAAGGUGCCCACGUGAAACCAGGCUUUGCAGAGCACUUUUACAGCAAUCCGGGAAGGUACAAGGGUAGGGACAACAUGCUGUACUACGACACCAUUGAAGACGCGCUAGGCGGCGUGCAGGAAGCCCACUUCGAGGGGCUUAUUUUUGUCCACUCCGGCAUCUACACGGACGAGUGGAUUUACAUUGAAUCGCCAAUUACCAUGAUUGGCGCAGCACCCGGUAAAGUGGCAGACAAAGUGGUGAUCGAGAACACCAGAGAUUCUACGUUUGUUUUCAUGGAGGGUUCGGAGGACGCUUACGUCGGGUACAUGACUAUAAAGUUUAACCCUGACGACAAAUCGGCGCAGCACCACAACGCGCACCACUGUCUGGAAAUCACAGUCAACUGCAGUCCGAACAUCGACCACUGCAUCAUACGCUCUACAUGCACGGUUGGUUCUGCCGUGUGCGUGAGUGGCCAGGGAGCCUGUCCUACCAUAAAGCACUGUAACAUCAGCGACUGCGAAAACGUGGGCUUGUACAUUACAGAUCACGCACAGGGCAUUUACGAAGACAACGAAAUUAGCAACAACGCACUAGCGGGCAUUUGGGUGAAGAAUCACGGCAACCCCAUCAUCAGACGCAACCACAUCCACCACGGGAGAGACGUGGGCGUGUUCACGUUUGAUCACGGCAUGGGCUACUUCGAAAACUGCAACAUCCACCGAAACCGAAUCGCCGGUUUCGAAGUGAAGGCUUACGCCAACCCCACGGUCGUCCGCUGCGAGAUCCAUCACGGCCAGACGGGCGGCAUCUACGUGCACGAGAAGGGGCGGGGACAGUUUAUAGAGAAUAAAAUCUACGCUAACAAUUUCGCCGGCGUGUGGAUUACGUCAAAUAGUGACCCCACGAUACGAGGCAACGCCAUCUUUAACGGCAACCAGGGAGGUGUGUACAUAUUCGGUGACGGGCGGGGUUUAAUAGAAAGCAACGACAUCUACGGUAACGCGCUGGCGGGAAUCCAAAUCCGGACCAACAGCUGUCCUAUCGUGCGUCACAACAAAAUCCACGACGGCCAGCACGGUGGCAUCUACGUGCACGAAAAGGGCCAAGGGGUGAUCGAAGAAAACGAGGUGUACAGCAACACGCUAGCUGGCGUCUGGGUGACGACGGGGAGCACCCCCGUUCUGCGCAAGAACCGGAUCCACAGCGGCAAACAGGUGGGCGUGUAUUUUUACGACAACGGCCAUGGCGUGCUGGAAGACAACGAUAUCUACAACCAUAUGUACUCCGGUGUACAGAUAAGGACGGGCAGCAACCCAAAGAUCCGUCGCAACAAGAUAUGGGGUGGACAAAACGGCGGCAUUUUGGUCUACAACUCAGGGCUAGGCUUUAUCGAGGACAACGAAAUCUUCGAUAACGCCAUGGCAGGCGUGUGGAUUAAAACGGACAGCAACCCCACGCUAAGGCGAAACAAGAUACACGAUGGCAGAGAUGGGGGAAUUUGUAUAUUCAACGGCGGCAGAGGGCUGCUGGAGGAGAACGACAUCUUCCGGAACGCUCAGGCCGGCGUCCUCAUCAGCACCAACAGUCACCCCAUCCUACGCAAGAACCGCAUUUUUGACGGCUUCGCUGCAGGUAUCGAAAUCACCAACCAUGCUACGGCCACCCUGGAGGGAAACCAAAUCUUCAACAACCGCUUCGGUGGCCUUUUUCUAGCAUCGGGCGUCAACGUCACCAUGAAAGACAAUAAGAUCAACAACAACCAGGACGCCAUCGAGAAAGCUGUGAGUCGAGGGCAGUGCCUCUACAAGAUCUCCAGCUACACCAGCUACCCUAUGCACGACUUCUACAGGUGUCACACUUGCAACACGACAGAUAGGAACGCGAUUUGCGUCAACUGCAUUAAAAAAUGCCACCAAGGACACGACGUGGAGUUUAUACGGCACGAUCGGUUUUUCUGCGACUGCGGCGCCGGCACCCUGUCCAACCCGUGCACAUUAGCCGGCGAACCGACGCACGACACGGACACUCUGUACGACUCGGCGCCGCCCAUCGAGUCCAACACUCUUCAGCAUAACUGAACGAAGGCGCGGCCGAACGGCGGCGCCAAAUCUCACACACAAAAAGUGACGCACACGUACACGCGGAAGCCGCUCCCCCCGAUCCAAUAGAGACGCUGAAACGGGCGACGCUCCACUAGGGGGAGGCGGAGGAAAGACUCGACUCUUGAGAUUCCUCACACGUGUGCAUGUGUACGUGUUUUUGUGUGCGUGUGGAGCACUUCGGCUUUUUUUUUUUUAAGAAAACUUAAAAAGGACACAAAAAAAAUCUGGUUCUGCUCAAUGGAUUUUAUUUCAUGCUUUACCAUGUAGUUUUGUAUUUCCAAGCAAAAAGCUGACUGUAUUUGAAUGUCUUUUAUUUUAUUAUAUAUUAUAAUUAUUUCUUUGGUUAGCGUCCAGUCCAGUCCUGUCCUGACCCCGCCCGUUUAAAUGGCUGCGGACGCUCUUUGGUGAGCCAGUGCACUAUUUCUUUCUGUGAAAGAGAAUCUGAUUUUAAACACUAAAGAAACCCUCUCUGUUUCAGCUUGAUUGGCAGGUGGCGCCGCCCACUCUUGUACAAAUGUGUGUAACGUGUGUGUGUGUGUGUGUACAGUUUGAUGCAGUCAGUGUUUUUUGUGGAGAGGUUUUUUUUUUUUUUUUUAAACUGGACCCCCCAAGAGUAGCUCUGCAGCCUGCCCUUUCCUCCCCAGUGUAUCGUGGUGACUGUGGCUCCUCAUGCAGCCUGAAUCGUAUGCAUGUAUCAUAACAUCUAGACUUAAUAUAUUGUGAAGUAUUCAAUAACCAUUAUGUAGAUGCUAGUUGGAAUAAAAAAAGGGGGGUAUACUUUUUUUUCCUUCUUUGGAAGACAAAGAAGACAAAAACAGGAAACUGGCCAUUUCUAAGAAAAUAAAUCUUUAUUAGAUCCGAAGAGUGUUUUUGGUAUUGUUUCGGGGGCUGAAUGGUUAGUAUGUGAAGAUUCUCAGGGUUUUGUCUUUUCACUCGCAAUUACUGCUGGCAAUAGAUGUUCAAAAUCACCUAGACUGGGAAGGUGUCGGCGGCUAAUAGAUUUGACUUUUCUUGCCAAAAAUGUAGUUUUAUGGUCUUUUUUUGUUUGUUUGUUGUUUUGCUAAAUCUCCAAAACACAUUUAUUGUAAGCCCCAAAGACAACAACAGGUUUCAUAA